AUGGUGGAUCAUGUCGUCGGAGCCACCACCACGUUUGCCAUCUGGAAGAAGAUCCAUGAUUAUUUUCUCUCGAACCGCGCCGCCCGGUUCAUGAUCCUCAACAGGCAAUAUCGCAACCUCAAGCAGGGCGACCUCUCUGUCCAGGAGUACGCCCGCCGCAUGAAACUCCUCACCGAUGGUCUCGCCGACAUCGAGCACGCCGUCACCGAGGUCGAUCUCACCACUCAAUUCCUCCACCGCCUCGACACCAUCCGCGUGGUCCUCGGUGAUCAGGGGCUGCCGUUCGACGUCGUGCCCUCCCGCGUCACCUUGGCCGAGGAGUCCAUGGCGCAACGCUUCGCUGAGGAAAGCGCAUCGGUGUUUGCCCUCCAAAACGGGGGCUCUUCUUCUGGCAGCAGCUCGAGCACCGGUGGUCCUUGCUGGGACCGCUCCGGUGAGCGCACCCCGGGCCCCUCGCCGCACCCCCCUGCCCGUGGACGCGGCGACCGCCACGGUGAUGGUGGUGACCGUGGGCGUGGGCGUGGGCGUGGCCGCGGUGGACGUGGCCGUGGCGACUCUGGCGGGCGCGGGCAGUCCGCGGCCCCUCCCAUGGCGCCCUUCAUCGGCUACUUCGCGCCCUAUGGGAUGGCUCUCCCCACUCCCCGCACUGGCUGGGUGCACCCCAACGCGGCGGGCAUCCUCGGUCUGCGCCCGGGCUCGCAUGCGCAGGCCUACCCCAUCCAGUACACGGCUCCACCGACUCCUGCUCCUCACUACCCGCCGGCCCUGUACUACCCUCCUCCGUCGCCCUCAUGGGACCAUUUCGCCAUGCUAAAUGCUGCCUAUAGCCACGGUGGUCACCACGCCGCCGCCCCUUCCAACGAAUGGUUCCUCGACAGUGGCGCCUCCUCCCACAUCACCGGCAACCAAGGAUCUACGAACGCGGAAGGUGCUCCUGAUCUCCACUAG